GCGCCUUGCGACAGCCGGCGGUGCUUUACGGUCGCGGCGCUUGGCGGCAGCCCGACCCGGGCGGACGGGGUAGCGGGACCCAGAGGGACCCGGAGCGGGAUGAGCUUCUACGACGUGUUCCGCGGCUUCUUCGGGUUCCCGGGACGGUGCAGACCCCGGGACCCGAUGUUCGGCGGCGCGGCGUGGGACGAGGAGGAGGAGGAGGAGGAUGGGGACCCGUCCAUGUCGCAGCCCCCCCAGGACUUCGGCUUCGGAUUCAGCCCUGGCUCCUCCCGCGGCGCCUUCGAGGAGCUAUUCCGGGACAUGGGCGAGCUCCUUGGAGUCCUGGGGGGGUUCUGGGCCGAGCCCCAGCAGCCUUUCGAGCCCGCCCUGCCCGGCCCCGGUGAAGGCAGCGCAGGGCGACCGCUGCGGGACUCGAUGCUGAAGCACCCGGAGAGUCCCCCUGCCACCGCGGCCCCGGGGAGCUCCGGCGAUCUGGCCCGGCCAUGGAGACCCUUCUUAGGGCUGGAAGAUGCUCACCGAGCUCCUCCUGGCCUCAAGGAAGACCAAGACCUGGACUCCCAGGUCUCCUCCGCUGGGCUGGGGACCAUCCUGAGACCCAACGAGCCCAGGUCCCACUCUUACUUCCAGAGCGUCUCUGUCACCAAAGUGACUCUCCCUGACGGGGGGGUGGAGGAGCGCUGCACUGUGCAGGACAGCCAGGGCCGCCGGGAGACCACGGUGACACGCCGCAGGGGGGACCAGGCCUUCAUCACCACCACCAAGGAGCAUGGGCAGAGCAAGGACUACCAGGAGGAGGUGCUCAACAUGGAUGACCGGGAGCUGGCACAGUUUGCUGGUACGUGGCCACAGCAAGAAGAGCUUCCUGCUGCCAACCUGGGCCCCUCAUCUGUGCUGAGCAGCUUCCUCCGACGCUGGUUCUCGAGCUGGUAGCUGUGUCCAGCCCUGAUUAAGCGGCCUAUGGGUCAGAUCUUGCUGGGAAGUGGUGCCUGGGCUGGAGGCUGUCCACCUUCUGCAGCGCUGCAGAGCCACAGGGAGCCUUGUGGGGGUCAAGUGUAUGUGUGUACAAAGCAAUAAAGUCUAUUUAUGCUAAA